AUGCGGGCACAGUGUAUGCGGAGGACACCGCUCAGUGUGAUCCUCGGACUCCUGUUCCUGAGCAUGACGGCCACAAGCAAGUGCUUGGGCAAGUACCAUGAACUCCUCCUGCAGCUCCGGCGUCAGGCGGGCCAUAUGCAGGACACCAGCACGCUCCUGGACCCCUAUAUCCGCAUCCAAGGCCUGGACACGCCAGGACUGAAGGAGCACUGCAGGGAGCGCCCCGGGGCUUUCCCCAGCGAGGACGCCCUGCGGGGGCUCAGCAGACAGAGCUUCCUGCAGACCCUCAAUGCCACGCUGGGCCUCGUCCUGCACAGACUGACUGCUUUGUAUCAGGACCUCCCUGAAGCCCAGCAGUUGGUGGGACUGAACAUCCGCGGGUUCAGGAGUAACAUCCAUUGCAUGUCCCAGCUGCUGCGCAGCUCCUCAGAGGCAGAGACACCUGAGCCCACUCAGCCAGGCCCCGGGCCCACGCCGCCGCCCACGCCGCCCUCAGACGCCUUCCAGCACAAGUUGAAGAGCUGCAGGUUCCUGCACGGCUACCACCGCUUCAUGCACUCUGUGGGGCAGGUCCUCCAGGAGUGGGGGGAGAGCCGGAGCCGGAGCCGGAGCCGGAGCCGGAGACACAGCCCCUGCCGGGCCCCUGGAGACACAGCCCUCGCCAGGCCCUGCAGAGGGGGGGCCCGCAGGACGUGGCCCUUCCGGAGGGACAGGAGACUCAUGCCGAGGGGACAGCUUCCCCGGUAG